GUGACAUUAGAGUCAAUGCAUGAAGAUCUUCAGUCCUCUUAUCUGUGACAACAUGAGGCAGCUUUCUGUGCUUCUGCCGGCCCUUUGGUCACUCGUUAGUUCAUCUCAUUUAUUAUUCAGUGGUUAUCACCCUUCAAUGACAGCACUAAACUGGAUCACUCAAAAUGCUCCAGUGCCCAUCAUCACAGUGUACCAGCAGAUGGAGGACAGAGAGCAUGUGAUCGUCAUGUGUUCGUUUGGAAGAAGGUUUAUUGAGAGCUCUUUCCAGCUGUCAGUGGACUAUGAACAGCACUACACCCUGAAGAACCCAGCAUGCAUUGCACAUGAAGUGUGUGUGUUUAACAUCACUGUGAGACCUCCUGUUUCUCUAACAUGUAUACAUGAGAUCAUUACCUUUGGAAAUGAGAGUUAUCUGCUGAGUGAGACCUACGUCUUAGAGCAUCAUGAUGGAGUAUCUUCAUUCUACAUUGGCUUUUUCUCCUUCAUUGUUGUUGGUGUCAUUAUAAUGACUGCUGCAGUGAUUGUGACCAACAUUAGAAGCAAUGCACAUGGUGUGUGUUUAGUCAAUUAUUCAUUCAUUUAUAGCAACCAUGGAUAUUAUGAAAUGACCAAAGUCAGAUCAAACUUAAACUAAAUCAAAAUGCAAACUUUAACUGAAACUUUAAUUUGUUUCAACACAGAUUUACUCUCUGAAUGUAAACACUUAAAAUAUUGAAGUACAAGAGAAAAAUAACUUAUACUUAUGUAUAUUAAUGUUCUUUCAUGACAGAUUUCAAUAAUGAUUAUGUGGAUGUCUGAAUAACAGCGGAUUACUGACGCCGUAAAACAGACAUGAAGG